UGUAGGCUAUGUGAAAGAGAGAGGGAGAGUGAGAGAGAGCACGGACUAGAAAAGAGGUAGAGAGACGAAUUACAGCCAUCUGAAGAUUUUUGCGCCCUAGUCUACAGCAUCCGAGCUGCACAGGAGUUUUAUUUCAAAUACCCACUAUUCGUUCUGCCUUGUGACAAGAAAUUGAUUUUUACUGAAUUAAGAUUAUUAGAGUUUAAGAAGGUUUUCUUUUGGGUGAGAGGUUUUUGGACUUUUUCCCUUUUUGAGACUAACUAUUUUCCCUCUAAGAAUGCUGCUACAACUCUGAGCAGAUUUCCCACGUGGUUGCUUUGGUUUGACAUUAAUGUGUCAGACUUUUUCAAAAUUACGGACGGAUUAUUGAAAUUGACAAACAUGGUAUUUGAGAUGCUUUAUCAAUAUUCACCCCAGACGUUUUUUUCCCUGCACUCAAUUCACUAAACAUUUCAGUUACCUUUAUUAGUGGAUCCUGCGCUAAACUUUCUUAGGAUCACUGGCAGCGCAAAAAAAAAAGUUUAUUGUAGGCUACCAUUAAGUACAUCAAACCUUUCUUGUGGUUGCAUCCGCGUUCAAAUCCAAAACUGAGCCCAAUAUUGCUGAAUUCAUACAACUUACCAGACAGUCACUGAGGUUAGUCCGUUCCCUAAGAAGAUAACUUUGACCAGUAUCCCUCCGUGUUUCGGCAUCAUGCUCUUCGAAAGUUUUGACCUACUCUCGGCGCUGGCGACCCUGGCUGCGUGUUUGGUGUCCAUGGCGCUUCUACUGGCGGUGUCCCAGCAGCUGUGGCAGCUACGAUGGACCGCCACCCGAGACAAGAACUGCAAGCUGCCCAUGCCCAAGGGUUCCAUGGGAUUUCCCAUCAUCGGAGAGACCUGCCACUGGCUUUUCCAGGGUGCUGGGUUCCACGCCUCCAGGCGGCAGAAGUACGGCAACGUGUUCAAGACCCACCUGCUGGGGCGGCCGCUGAUCCGGGUGACGGGGGCGGACAACGUGCGCAAGGUGCUGAUGGGGGAGCACAGCCUGGUCAGCGUGGACUGGCCCCAGAGCACCAGCACCCUGCUGGGGCCCAACAGCCUGGCCAACUCCAUCGGGGACAUCCACCGCAAGAGGAGAAAGGUGUUUGCCAAGGUUUUCAGCCACGAAGCCCUGGAAAGUUACCUGCCCAAGAUCCAGCAGGUCAUCCAAGAGACCUUGCGGGUCUGGAGCUCCAACCCCGAGCCCAUCAACGUGUACCGCGAAUCCCAGCGGCUCUCCUUCCACAUGGCCGUGCGGGUGCUCCUGGGCUUCCGCAUCUCAGACGAGGAGAUGUGCCACUUCUUCAACACGUUCCAGGAGUUUGUGGACAACCUGUUCAGCCUGCCCAUUGACCUGCCUUUCAGCGGAUACCGGAAGGGUAUCCGUGCCCGCGACAAGCUGCAGAAGAUGAUCGAGAAGGCCAUCCGGGAGAAGCCUCUGUGCACGCAAGGGAAAGACUACGCCGACGCUCUGGACGUCCUGAUGGAGAGCGCCAAGGAGAACUCAGCUGAGCUCACCAUGCAGGAGCUGAAGGAGUCCACGGUGGAGCUGAUCUUCGCCUCGUUCGCCACCACGGCCAGCGCCAGCACGUCGCUCAUCAUGCAGCUGCUGCGGCACCCGGCCGUGCUGGAGAAGCUGCGCGAGGAGCUGCGCACGCGCGGCAUCCUGCACAACGGCUGCCUGUGCGAGGGCGAGCUGCGCCUCGACACCAUCUGCAGCCUCAAGUACCUCGACUGCGUCAUCAAGGAGGUGCUGCGCCUCUUCACGCCCGUCUCCGGCGGCUACCGCGUGGCCAUGCAGACCUUCGAGCUGGACGGUGUCCAGAUCCCUAAAGGCUGGAGCGUGAUGUACAGCAUCCGCGACACCCACGACACCUCGGCCGUCUUCAAGGAGGUCAACGCCUUCGACCCCGACCGCUUCAGCGAGGAGCGCGGCGAGGACAAGGAGGGCCGCUUCCACUACCUUCCCUUCGGCGGCGGCGUCCGCUCCUGCCUGGGCAAGCAGCUGGCCACCCUCUUCCUGCGCAUCCUGGCCAUCGAGCUGGCCAGCACCAGCCGCUUCGAGCUGGCCACGCGGACGUUCCCACGCAUGGUCUCCGUGCCCGUGGUGCACCCCACCGACGGACUCAAGGUCAAGUUCUUCGGCCUGGACUCCAACCAGAACGAGAUCAUGGCCAAGUCGGACGAGCUCCUGGGCGCCACCGUCUGAAGGGGUGGGGAGGGUGGAGGAAGAGACAGGAAGUCGAGUGGGUGGGGAUUAAAAAAAAAGGUGGAGGCACUAUAAAACACACGUACUGAAGAGGAUGUCGGGGGCGGAGCAAAAAGAUUUCCACUCUCGCCGUGGAGCUUGUUAUUUUGCAGUUUUCUCACUCCUCCGAAACUGACAGACCCUGUGAAAAGAGCGAAACAUUCUCUUUUAGCUUUUGUCAGUGUCCUUUUUUCAGACUUCAGCCUGCCAAAAAUGUAUAGUCCUUGUUGUUUUUCAUACAAACACUUAACGACUUAAAAAAUCUUAAAAAGGACAAAUAUGUUUAACAGAGGAAAAGAAAUGUAACGUUAACUUUGGAGAGAAACUCAUGUUCAAAAUAAGUUAUGCACAAAUAAGUGUCUGUCUGUGUGAUGAGGGAUUUGGAGAUGAAAAUGACAGUGAAUGGAAGGAUUGGAUGAGCUUAAUCCAGGAAAGUUGAUCAAACAGGGUAAAAGAGUGGCUCACUUUUAAUGGUAGGACAUGAUUAGCCAAUGUUAAAGCUAUAGCAAUGCAGCGGGAAAGUGCCAGGUUUUUGAUGUCUCUCUGGAGGUGAAGGUGUGGCCUCACAUGUUAAGACUGUGGAGAGCUUGCCUCAGCAGUAAAAGAGGGGAGACUCAAAUUCACUUACUAAAAAAUGUAGACGUAGUUUUAGAGGGUUCUGAAUCAGAGAGAGAGGGCUAGACGUGCAUGCUCGGGAUUUUACUUUUCAGGGUUUGUCUUUAGUUGCAUAUUGGAUGUGUCAAACUCUAUGUGUGUGUGUGUGUGUGUGUGUGUGAUCUCAUAUGUCUGUGUGUGUGUUUGUGUGUGUGUGUGUGUGUGUGUGUGUGUGAUCUCAUAUGUCUAUGUGUGUGAGAGUGUGUGUGUGUGUGUGUGUGUAUACAGUAUGUGGUACCCUUUUUAUCGGGGGAGGGGAUGCUGUUCUAGCAGUGGCGUGUGUGCGAAUGUAAGAGCGGCAUUGUAAGCUAGUAUGAAUGAAUGAAGUGUAUAUGCAAACUCAGGUGUGUUUGGAGUCCAGAAUGCCUUCUAGACUAUUACUUGUCUCACUUUGUAUCUGUCCUGCACAUAAGACUAGUUAUAAUCUUUAGCUUCUACUUUGGGAGAAAACCCCUCAACCUGUGCUUUAUUGCAGCGAUGUGAUUGAGGAUGUCUCUGUAAGACAAAACAAUUCUUUUUUGAGCCUCAAAAACAUGUAUCACCCAGCGAGAUUGCAUAUCCCUGGUGUUAUCCAAAUGGCCUAAAUCAGAGAUUCAUGAAUGCAAAGGGAGAAGGGAGAUAACUAGCUACGGAACUGAAGAACUAAAGGAACCCUUGUUCUUGCUGCUUGAGAGUCAUAUAUUUUUCUUUCGGAGCAGAGUGCCAAUGACCUCUCACAAGAACGUGACAUUUAAAAAGUUUUUUUUUGCUGCUCCACUCUUCAACACUAAAAUGCAAAGUCAAAGUUGACACCGCUUACCAGAUGGAGUUUAGAACAUACCUCAAAGGUUCUCAAAAAAAAAAUUCACCUAAACUAAAGAGAUCUUUUGAACGGAAGGCUUCAUCAUGGGACUGCUGGUGGCAUCCUAAGCUUGAUAUCCGAUUGAUACCCAGCAGAAGCUGAUGAGUAAACUGAGGCGGGCGGGGGGUGGGUAUAAGGACCCUUGUUGAUGUCUGGGAUGAAGACCCUGCAAGGAGGAACCCUUCUCUGUAUCCUCCACAGAUCACGCGAAGAACAUUUUAAUCUGUGACCAACCAUGCCACUGAUUUUUUUUAUUUUGUAAUGAAUGGAAUUUAAAAAGAAAAAAAAAGUUAUUAAGUCUGCUGCUUCUUGUGUACAAUUUUUUUCUAACUGAGAGAUCUAGAAUGUGAGGGUGAUAUGUGAGGAACGGGCAAAUAUCCACAUUUGUGUGAGGAAGGAGGGACAGGAAAAUGACUCAGUUAGAAAGCCAUGGGUAACGCCUAUCUGAAAUGUCUAAUAUCCUAACAUUAUUCACAUUAAUUUUAUUAUUGUAAUAAAUAUUAUUUUAAGUGCUAUUUUUGUUAUAUUCCAGAAUAGAGUUUUAGUAUAAAUAAAGUUGGUUGGUAAAUAUUGUUAUAUUUAGUAUGAUAUGAAUUUCAGCUAUAUUGUAAACAGUGUUUAAAUGUUAAUAUUGUUUUAUGUUAUUGUAAUAAUUAUUAUUUUAUUAUUAUUAUUAUCAUUGCAUUCAGUUAAUAUUAAUAAAAACAGAAGCACUUGCGAGGUAUGUUUAUAUUGAGUGCCAUGCAAAUACAUGUUCUAUACUUUAUUGAAUGCUGUUUUUGCCUGUACAUAAUAUUGUAUUUCGUCUGUGUUUCACUUAGUUUAUGAAUGUUUUUUUCAUCCUCUUUUUUUUACCGUGAUUCUUAAAUGUACUUGCCAAUUUUAUAAACUCCUAUAAUAAACUGUUAUGUGAAAAA